GGGAUCCUGGAACAUUGCGUGAUGUACCCGAUCGACUGCGUCAAGAAUGGGCUUCCCAGCUCAUUUGUCCCCUGGCAGAUCUACUGCUUUCCCCAUGGAUGGUGGAGAGGAGAAGCAGCCCAACCAGACUCUAAGACUGGACUGGAAACAGACCCGGAUGCAGAGUCUGCAGCCUGACCCAGCGGCCCGCUAUCGAAAUGUAUUGGAGGCUCUCUGGAGAAUCAUGAGGACAGAGGGCCUGUGGAGGCCCAUGCGGGGGCUGAAUGUCACAGCAACAGGCGCAGGGCCUGCCCACGCCCUCUAUUUUGCCUGCUACGAAAAGUUAAAAAAGACAUUGAGUGAUGUAAUCCACCCAGGGGGCAAUAGCCAUAUUGCCAAUGGUAUUGAGCCUUCCUGUGCUGGUCCCCACUCCCCCAACUCUCUGGGCUUUGCUGCUGUCAGUGUUUCCCAGCCUCGCAUGGUUUGGAGCUGCAGCUUUGGGCUGGGGUAGGCCAGAUUAUAGGGGAGGGACUUCCAAACCUGACGUGCUCGGACAGCGGGCUGCUUCAACCCCACUCGUCCUUUGGGGCACCUCAACAAAGGUCACAGUGUCCUUCCUCCCUUACCAGCUUGACUUUUCUCUCAUCUCCCUGGCAUCCGCUUCUAAUGCCUGGUGCAGCUGGAUGUGUGGCAACAUUACUUCAUGAUGCAGCCAUGAAUCCAGCAGAAGUCGUCAAGCAGAGGAUGCAGAUGUACAACUCACCGUACCACCGGGUGACAGACUGUGUUCGGGCAGUGUGGCAAAAUGAAGGGGCCGGGGCCUUUUACCGCAGCUACACGACCCAGCUGACCAUGAAUGUUCCCUUCCAAGCCAUUCACUUCAUGACCUAUGAGCUUCUGCAGGAGCAUGUUAACCCCCAGAGACGGUACAACCCUAGCUCCCAUGUGCUCUGUGGAGCCUGUGCAGGAGCAGUAGCUGCCGCUGCCACAACCCCACUGGACGUUUGCAAAACACUGCUCAACACCCAGGAAUCCCUGGCUUUGAACUCAAAUAUUACUGGACACAUCACAGGCAUGGCUAGUGCCUUCAGGACGGUCUAUCAAGUAGGCGGGGUGACUGCUUACUUCCGAGGGGUGCAGGCCAGAGUAAUUUACCAGAUCCCCUCCACAGCCAUCGCAUGGUCUGUGUAUGAAUUUUUCAAAUACCUAAUCACGAAGCGGCAAGAGGAAUGGAGGGCAGGCAAGUGAAGAGAUGCUGAGUGGACCAGGGUCCGACCGCAUGGCUACAUCCUGCCCUUCAGGCACAGUCUCUGGCUGCUGGCACACUCCAGUCUCAAGAGGGGUUGGAAGGAGAGAGAGAGCUUGCUCCAACUGUAGUUGGCUAACACUAGUUCUUGCCAACGUCUAUUGCCACCGUUGUCUUUCCUCCUGGCCUUUCUGCAAGUUCAGCAAAGCCCACUGCAGUACCUCUGACACCGUCUCCAUCCUGGGCCUGGCGACCUGCUCUAGACUGUUGCAGAGGAUAAGCAGCGCGUCCCCCUGGUUCCUCAUUAAAAAGAAAAAAGUCGUU